UCACAUGUUGCAACUCUCGGUUGAGAAUCACUCGACUGAAGCUAUCAGCUGCGGUUGCUUCACCAUGGUGAAGAGGAAAACAACAGUUGAGCAGAGCUAAGGAGGAAGACGCUUCUUGUUCACCCCCUUCGACUUCAUCUGCAAUUUUUUGAGGAUAUACUAAAGAUGCAUCUGAGAACAUUGCUUUCGUGAAAGUUUAAGAAGAAUUACGCUUGGACUGUUUUUUUUUUUACGCGUCGGAAUGAAGCAGUGAAUUUAAAGCAAGCCCGGAGACUUUUACAUCGCGUAGCCUACUUUCAAAUCACGCGAAUCUUUGCCGAAGUGACAGCUCCGUCGGUGGAUUUGUAGCCACCUGAGCAGGUGAAGCGAGCGCUUGCCGUCAUGUCCAAGUCUAUGGAUCACGUAAAGCGUCCCAUGAACGCGUUCAUGGUGUGGUCCCGAGCGCAGCGGAGGAAGAUGGCCCAAGAAAAUCCGAAAAUGCACAAUUCCGAGAUCAGCAAGCGACUAGGAGCGGAGUGGAAACUUCUGACGGAGUCCGAGAAGAGGCCGUUCAUCGACGAGGCGAAGCGACUGCGGGCGAUGCACAUGAAGGAACACCCUGACUACAAAUACAGACCCAGGCGCAAGCCUAAGACAUUAAUGAAGAAAGACAAAUUCGCGUUCCCCAUGGCGUAUAAUUUGGGCGAGCACGAGGCGCUGAAAGUGGGCGGCUUACCGAGUGGAGCGCUUACCGAAUCGUUAAUGAGCAACCCGGACAAGGCGGCAGCGGCGGCGGCGGCAGCAGCAGCAAGAGUGUUCUUCAACCCUUCCAUGUCUACAAACCCCUAUUCGUUUCUUGACUUCGGCUCAAAAAUGACAGAACUUUCUCCACCGUCUUUCUCAUACGCCUCACCGUUGGGUUACCCAACAGCGGCCACGGCUUUCUCCGGAGCCGGCGCACACACCCACACGCAUUCACAUCCAUCACCGGGAAACCCAGGCUACAUGAUCCCGUGUAACUGCGCGGGUUGGCCGUCUGCAGGGCUCCAGCCACCUCUUGCCUACAUUUUAUUACCUGGAAUGGGCAAACCACAACUUGAACCGUACCCCGCGUACGCGGCGGCGUUAUGAGACUCUGAAACAGUUUCUAAAUGUGAAAUCAACGCAAUACACGUGGAGCAUGAACAUGUGAUGCCACGAUCUUCAUAUCAGAUAUCACAUGUGUUUGUAUCAUGAUUAACGCCUCUGGUGUUCUGUUCUGUUCGGCGUGGAUGUUAAUG